UCUCAGUCGUGCGCUGAAUCUCUGACCAGUUGGUUGUGUUUAUGCCUCGUAUUAACUCGAAGAAGUAGCGCAAAGUGAUAAUAAAAUACAACAACAAUCGUGCAAAGCAACAAAAAAAAACAGCAACAGCAACAAAAUGCGUUGCCUGGCAUUGAGCGCGUUGUUUGUUUGCGUUGUCAUCGCCGGCCAGUGCCGAAUUACAGCUGGCUACAGGAGCGAAAUUGAGAUAACGCCAGCGCCAGAUGUGGAGACAACGACCAAGAAAUCCGGCUGGUUCGGCGGCUUCAAGAAGUUCUUCGGCAGCAGCAGCAGCAGCGACGCCGCCAGCUCCACCUCAACAACAACAACAACAACAACAUCGACGACAACAACAACCACAGCAAAGCCGCCCCAGAAGCUGCCGCCGCUUGUCAUUUCGCAUGCGCCGCUUAUGCCGCUGGGACCGCGUCCGGAUACGCCCAGCUCAUCGCCCUUUGGCUCGACGCCCGCUCACGGCCCACAAUGGCCGGCGGUGGCACAGCCGACGGCAGGUCAGCAGCCGGUGCUGCCAACUGCGGCGACAACGGGCCGCCUGGGCGCCGCUGGCGUCGCUGGCGGCUCGACAGCGCCCAAUUUGCCGCCCGGCUUUGCGCCUUAUCGGCCACAGAAGCCGCAGCCGAGCGGCUUUGACUUGAGCUAUUCGGGCGGCGGUGCAGCAGGCGCUGCGGGCGGUGGCGCUGCGCCACACCCGGGCUUUGGCCUGGCGCCGCUUACCAGCAGCACGACGACGAGCACCUCGACCACGACUACGACCACGAGCACACAGCGACCGCGCACGAAUGUGCAGCCGGGCUUCAUUGAUGUGCGCUUUGGCAGCUCCACGACCAGCACGGUGAGGCCAGCACAGCAGAAGGAUGAGUUUCCCACGUUGCCGGUGCCGCGACGACCCUCGCUGAAGGAGGAUUAUCCGGCAUUGCCCACGCCGAAAACGCCCGGCUCGCCAACGCCAAGCACGCCAACAUCGCCAUCCGCCUGGCAGGCGCCGUUGCCGACGCCCGUUCAUCCAGCUGUGCCGGCUGUCAAGCCAGCUCCGGCAGCUGUUACGCCCGGCACGCCAGCUGGCAGCACGAGUGGCGGCGGUGGUGGUGUCUCCUUUGUGCCGCACACGGCUGGCUCCACGACAACCGUGCGACCGGGCUUUCAGUCGACGGGAAAUUCGGUGGCCACCGACGAUGAGAUACGUCAGCUAACCGAACAGCUGUACACCAAGGAGUCCAACAGCCAGCUGAGCCACAUAACCGUGAAUCUGCAGGGACGCACGCGCUCCAUUGACAGCGGCGAUGAGGCGCCGCAGCCGCUGCUGAGCGUGGAUGCCAAGGCCUUGGAGCCGUCGACCAUUGCCAAGAUGCGGCUGUUGUUCAACAAUUACGAGCAGGACACGCUGGUCAAUGAGCAUGUGACCGCCAACGAGCGUAAGGAGGAGAAUGAGUUCCUUGACGCUGUGAUGGCCACGAGCGUAAUGCGGCAGGCCAUGCUGUUCCUGCAGCAGAAGGGCCUGGUCACGCCCGAUCCGAAAACGCAUCGCGAUCUUGUCAAGGAGCUGUGGUUCACCCAGUAUUCGCGCGGACAGGGCAAAAUCGGUAGCUCCGGCUUCGAGCAUGUCUUUGUGCACGAGGUGAAGAACGGCACCAUCAUUGGCUUCCAUAACUGGGUCUAUGUCAGCGAGGAGGAGCAGGCCGGUCGCUUCGACUACAAGGGCUACAUGAAGGAGCAGGACAUUGGCACGAAGGGCAAAGUGCUGAAGGUGCGGUUCGCGCAUCAGGGCCUGAACAAGCCGGUGGACACCAUGUUCAUUGGCACCUCGCCGGAGCUGGAGCUGGCCCUGUACACUGUCUGCUUUCAGCUGCGUCCGGAUCGCACCUGCCCCGUCUCUCUGGGCAACAGCAAGUUCGGCAUUGUCACCUAUUCGUGGCGCUACAGAGGCAAGAGCCUCAUUGGCAGCGCCUAUCCUGAGAUUUGAGCCGCAUGCCACAGCUCAACACAAAGUUGCUUUGCCUUUAUCUCCCUCUUUCUCUCUCUCUCUAUCUAUUGAGUAAACAAUUUUUUUUCUUCUUUGUAUAAUAAAUAAACACUAUAAAUUUAUG